GGAUGUGGCUGCUGGCAUUGCGAUUCUGCUCGAGGCCGGGGGGCUCGUCACGACGGCCAAUCCGCCGGCGAACCCCGAGACGGAUCCGAUCGAGGAGGUGCGCUUGGGCAGUCGGUUGUAUCUGGCGAUCAGACCGGCUGGGCCGUCGGCAACCGAGACGGGGAGACAGACGCAGGAAAGGACGGUGAGGGAGGUGUGGAAACGCGUGAGGGCGCUGGACUAUAAACGGCCUGGCGCGUAG